AUGGGGAAGAAAUCCAAAAACAAAACCCAAUUGUCAGAACAGAACCCGUCAGUAAACGGACGAGGCGGCAAGAAAAGUGAUUUGCCCCCCACGCCUCCGCCCGACGUUGAAAGUGAAAAGUCUCUAAGGACGACUGAAGAACUUCCAAACAAGCAAAAGGCAGUAAAUGACGGAGGAAGCGCCACCGAAAGAGGAAAGAAAAAGAAUACAAAGUCCAAAAAAUCAAAGAAGUCAAAAGGCAUGGUUUCCCAGCUUUUAGGUCAAAUCACGCUAAAACGCCUCUUCUUUGCAUACGUUUUCUAUGUUGUCCUCGUCUGCUCUGAUAUCACGCCUAGCGAACUUGAAUCAUCACCGACAAACCAACUUAUUUGCACAAAUGGUAUAUCUCGAUAUAUUCUCAAGAACGACCUUUUCAAAAAAUACAUCGAGCCAUCUAUAACUGUCGCAAAAGUGUCAAUCGAAGAACAAGUCCAGCCUAUGUAUGAGACUCACGGAAAGCCUCUAUACGCGGCUGUUGAACCACAUUUGCAAACAGCAUACUCGUACUAUGUGGAGUAUGUCAAGAUUCCGACCACUCUUCUAUGGCGCGACGUAAAGAAAUCCUACAACGAUAAUGCCAAAGAACAUGUAGACAACUACUAUGGUCAGCUCAGUCAUGCUAUCGGUCCAUAUGCAUCUCAAGGGAAGGAAAAAGUUGCUAUUGCCUAUGACGCAGGUGUAUCAAAAUACAAGACUGUCAUAUUACCAUGGUAUAAGAAAGAGGUAUCUCCCGUGUUGGCGAAAGGAUGGGAUAAAUCAACAGAUAUCUAUUAUACAACUGUAAAACCAACAGCAACCGAUGGUUGGGAAAAGACCAAACAGUUUUAUAACGAGGUCACCAUUCCAGCUUACUAUGAACAUGUACAUCCCCACAUAAUGGCUGCGAUUGACUUCAUUAAGGAGAAAUACGAAGUUCUGUUCGAAGACCCGGCCAAGCGCAAGGCGGAGGAAGAAGAGGAGCGUAGAGUGAAAGAAGAGGCCGAACGCAAAAUAAGAGAAGAGGCUGAGCGUCAAGCCAAAGCCAAAAAAGAUGCCGAGCGGAAGGCUAGGGAAGAAGCCAAGCGUAAAGCCAAGGAAGAGGCUGAGCGUAAAGCCAGAGAAGAAGCCGAGCGUAAAGCCAAAGAAGAAGCCGAGCGUAAAGCCAGAGAAGAAGCCGAGCGUAAAGCCAGAGAAGAAGCCGAGAGAAAGGCUAAGCAAGAAGCUAACGCAGCUCUCGACAUUGCCGCCAAGUCUGAACUUACGCGACAUGAAGAUACCGUAAGCGAGUCUAUUUUUGAAUUCAAAGUCGAUAUCGACAAUUUAGCUAAAGCUCGAGCGGAUGAAAUCGCAACGAAAAUUAGCAACCUUCAGUCGUUUGCCGAUAGCCAAAUAUCCAGUAUAAAGACACGUGCUGACGAACUUCUUGCCGAUUCAACCAAAAACGUGACUGAUAAAACAUACGCUCUUGGUGCUGCUAUCAAAGAAAUCAUAGAUUCCUUAAAGACUGAAUCAAAAGAGACCAAAAGGAAAUCCAAAGAAGCUAUAGAGAAUGCUCGUUCAGAGAUAUCUAUCAAACGUGAAGCUGCAGAGCUGAAUUUAGAAAAUCAAUUGAGUGAAGCCAACUUCAAUUUGGACACAAUUAUCAAAAAACAUCCCAAAGCCGACUCAAAUAGGCUAUCCCAAGCCAGAGCCCAGAUCUCGGCAGAUGUUGUGCAAGGCAAAAAAUCUAUUGGUAUAUUUACCGAAGAGGUCUUAUCCAGUAUUGAUGAAACUAGAAUCCAAGAGAUAACAACCAUCGCCACUGACGCACUCGAAAGAAUUGAAAGUGCUCGUGCCUUAUCGGACCAGGCCUUCCAACAGCAACACGAAGAAUUAAUAAGGCUUCAAUUCGAAGCUGAACUCGCCGAACAGGUUGAGGCCACUGUUAAGGAUAAGCAGGAUGUUGUGGACGAAUCUGUCGAUGCAACAACAAAGAAAGCUGAUGGCGCAGGUAAAAUAGCCAAGUCAGCAAGUGAUACAGGAAAUGUGAAGAUAGUGGAUGAAGCGGAUGAUGAGGCUGUAUUUGAAAAGUUAAUGGCCGGAUAUCACAAAUGA